CCACGGGAACCACAAUAGAGACGCUUGCACAUUACCUCACCUCACUUUUUCUUCACGGUCUCGGGCCACAUCUCGCCGUCCUCGGAAUAAUGACCGAGUCGCUUCCGGCCCGAGAGCUGGACAUUGCACGGCUGUGUGCCGUCUGUCGCGAGGCUGCGUUAUUCCACGAUGAUAACGAGCGUCUCGUGGAAAUAAUGCAGACCGACGGACUGCCGCGGUUGGAAUCAGAUUGUUUCGAAUUAAGUCGCCCCUACAGCUGGGAGGACACACUGCCUGGUCUGCCACGUCUUCACGAGUCCUUCCGUGAAGGUUGCGGCUUCUGCGGCGUCCUACGUGACAUCAUCAUGUCCAAAGACACGGAUGAAGCGGCUGUGAAGCAUCUUGGAACGAGUCUGCAGGACAUGGAGGGCAACAACGUUUCGAUCUCCGCGCAACAUCGCUGGACAAACAAAUACAUUGAUGAUUGGAGAUCUGAUGGGAUGGUCGGCUUGGCCGUUCAGCUAGACUUUGCUACCCUCGAGGGGUCAAUUUCGCUCUUUUUUCUUGCUGAAGCUGUAUCAGGCGCAGACGAUGUAGCUAGAUGGCUUGGGAUUGCUGCCCCAAUGAGUCAAAGUUACUUAGAGGAGCACCGCCUUCUUUGGAUGAAACAAAAGCUCGCGGAUUGUGAACGUCACGGGCACGAAGCCGAGGUUGAUUUCGUUCCUGAAAGACUCGUUGACGUCCAAGGACCUAUACCACGGCUGGUUGAACGCAGGGAUUUUCCUAUUCCCAGUGCAAGCUCUAAGGUGCUGCAGUACGCGGCUCUUAGUUACUGCUGGGGGUCGAGGGAGGAUGCCAAGGCGCAGCUUAAGACGACCUCAUCUUCCAUGCUCCAGAGGCAAUCUGCCAUACAAGACCACGAAAUGACUGAAGUGCUCCGAGACGCUGUUUACUUGACGAAGGCGCUAUCAGUUCCCUACCUCUGGGUCGACGCUCUCUGUAUCCUACAGGACGAUAUCUCCGAUUGGGAGACACAAUGCGCAGACAUGACGAAGAUCUAUGGUAACGCGUACGUCACCCUCUGUGCGGCUUCAUCAACAUCCUGCGGUGAGGGCUUCUUGCGCCAGCGGGGGAUCCGAGUCCGCGUACCCUUCCAGUCGAGGCGGCGGCCUACUAUCACCGGAUCCUACUACCUUCAGGCCAAGUACGUCAGUAAUGUGGAAUAUCUUGACGAUGAAAUGUCCUCCGAUCAUUAUUACACGCGCUGGUAUUGCCGAGGUUGGACCUUCCAGGAGAGAGUUUCAUCUACGCGUAAACUAUUAUUUGGAAAUGCCAACAUUCAUUUCUUCUGCGAAAACCGGAGUGAAACGAUGGGAGGCGCGACGUUGGACGAGAGUUAUGAAACAGGCUUGCCCAGGUCUCGCGAGUGGAGCCACCAACGGCUAUAUGAUGCGUGGGCGAGCAUUCUUAGAACGUACUCAACUGUAACACGCCGUUCUUUUACCGUGGCUACCGAUCUCCUGCCUGCUCUUUCCGGGCUCGCUAUGCACUUUUGCAAAAAUCUACAGGACGACUUUCUCGCCGGCAUCUGGAGGCGAGAUCUUCUUAGGGGUUUGAUGUGGCAGGUUGACAAGGCGCGCUUGCCCAACCAUGUCAGUCAUCUUGACAGUCUCCGUCAAUCACACGGAAAUUAUCUCUCUCCGUCGUGGUCCAGGCUGGGUAUUAGCAACACAACCCGUGGCAUAGAAGCAUUCCGGGAUACCUACUCUGACUGCCAACCAGAGACAGAAAUACUUAAUGCCGAGACGGAGUUAAUCGGAAGUAACCCAUUUGGCGCCGUUAGAAACGGGUGGCUUCGCAUCAGAAGCAGUGUUCUUGACAUUGCGGCAAUGGGCACGGCGAAGCUAACGAUUGAGAAAGCAGUAACAUCCUACCUCGGUUGGCUACUAAGAUACGAUGGCAAGGGUGCCGCCAUAUUUAAGUUGGACUUUACGUACGUUCCCUUCAAUUGGGAAGAACACAACCACGUAAACGAGGAUGCUGCCAUCCUGGAGAAUAUCCAGACCUUGACAUUGGUGCUUCUCGGGAGUUGUAACGUCAAUAAUCCGUACGAGGUAGAAGGAAUGGCGAGCCACAGGCUACUGCGUGGAGCGUUUGGACUCAUCUUGCAUCCGGUCCCUGAUUCGGACAAAUUCUACCGGGUAGGCGCAUUUUACCCUGCGCUGCCUAAGGAGCAUAGCUUCGGCCUUUGUCUGUUUCAAAGAACGGGAAAAGUUAGGACCGUGGAGGUUAUCUAGGGAAGCAGAAGCUUUAGAGAUCACGCAUUCCCUUGACGACCGCUCAGAUCAGGAUGCUCUCGCGGCCGGGUUUGACAAGCACGCCCACGUCCGAUCCAUCUCGCUGCACCGCUACGACAGGAAAUAGGCCAGCUUGCAUUCACCAGACAGCGGAUAUAUCCAGUCUAGACGCCCAGGUCGAGGCUAUGUGCA